AUGACUAUAUUAUCUUCUCUUCAAAUCACUACCGUCUCUCUUCACUCUUUCAAUCCCUCAUCAACUAUCUUCCACAAAUCCCUCCUUCCUGGUUUUGCAACUUUGCCAUCUCUUUCACUCAAUAGAUUCGUCUUUUCCACUAGAAAAUCUCGAACAACAACUACUAUUACCACCCGUGCUUCUUUGCUCGAAACUCCUGUUCUAUGGGUUGGUAGAAUCUGCGUCUUCUAUGCUCUUCUCAAGACUGGAUUCGUUGGAUCUCCUUCAAACCCCUUUCUCUCAGAUUUGGAAAUUGGGAACGGUGAUAGUAACGAUUCUGGUGACUUAGGGUUCUUUAAAUGGACACAAGGCAUACUUGGAAAACCAGCAAAGGAAGGAGCUAACGGAGGGAACCUUACGAGCAAAUGGCAUCCUACAACAAAGGGUACUCUAAGAAGGAACUACAGAAUCCCAUCCAAGUCUGAGGGGCGACGACUUCUUAAAGCCAUUGCAUCUCUGCUAUCAGAUGAUGACCACUUUGUUGAUGCCACUUCUCACAAGGGCUGCCAAAUCCGGCGAGAAAGUGCACAUGGAGAAAGUGUUUGUUGCAACAAUGUGAGAGCUCUUUUUGAUGAGCUACCAACUCCUCAUCUCAUUGUGGAGAUCACACCUUUUCCGGCUGGACCUCUUAGUGACAAGGAUUACACUAAAGCUGAGAAGCUUGAGAAGGUUCUCAGGUCUAGCCCUUCUGUUUGA